AUCUGGUUGACCACUUGACCUUUGCCUCAUCAUCUCUCACUCUUCUCCACUAAAAGGAUACCCUCUUCUAGAAUCUCCUUGCAAAUUUUACCAGAAAUUAGUUCAAAGUUUUCAUGGGCCUUGCUUUUAUUUGCCUUGUUAACUUCAGCUUCCAGUUUUUCCAUGGCCAAUCUUCUACCUUUAUCUCACUUUAGUAUUAGUAUUUUUAUUGCUUCUGUUGUCAAAUCCCGCAUUACCCGCUUUCACCUUCUCCUUGUCUUCCUCCAUUCCCUCUUAUAAGUUUUUCCUCGAAAUCCGGAUCUUUUUUUUUUUGGACAAAAUUUGGCAAAAGAUUCAGAUAAAAAAUCUUGGGAAAUUUACAGAAUUUUAAACCCUUUUCAGUAUAGAAAAUUAUCUGUUUGGCGAAUUUGAGUUGAAAUGGCAUCGGUGUUUUUGUACCAUGUGGUUGGGGAUCUGACAGUGGGAAAGCCGGAGUUAGUAGAAUUUACGGAUACCCAAACAGUGGAGGCUGCUAUAAGGGCUAUCGGGGAGUCUACGGAAUGUGGUAUACCAGUGUGGAAGACGAGAUCUCAAAAGAGUUUGAUUGAGAAUGCUGAAAUGAGGCGAAAAAGGUUUGUGGGUAUUCUUAAUUCCCUUGAUAUUGUUGCAUUCUUGGCCAGAGAGGAAUGUCUGGCUGAUCAGGAGAAAGCUAUGAAGACUCCUGUUUCUGAGGUUGUGCUUCCUGAUAAUUCUUUACUCAAGGAGCUUGAUCCUGCCACAAGAUUGAUAGAUGCUCUGGAGAUGAUGAAGCAAGGUGUGAAGCGACUCCUAGUUCCUAAAAGUGUUGUAUGGAGAGGCAUGAGCAAGAGAUUUUCAAUUCUGUAUAAUGGCAAAUGGCUAAAGAACAUUGAUACUUCUAACCCGGCUGCCAAUGCCAACCGUCCAUCAACUUCUUCCCCUAUGGCCAUUCGUGACAAAUUCUGUUGUCUGUCCAGAGAAGAUAUCAUCCGUUUUAUUAUUGGUUGCCUUGGUGCAUUAGCUCCUAUCCCUCUCUCCUCUAUCUAUUCCCUUGGAAUCAUUAACCCAAACUACUGCUUAAUAGAAGCAUCACGCCCAGCGAUAGAUGCGACUCAAAAACUACCGAAGGAUCCCCCUGCAGUUGCAGUCAUCGAUCCUAUGGCAGAUGAUUACAAUAAGAUCAUUGGCGAGAUUUCAGCCACUAAACUGUGGAAGUGUGAUUAUUUAGCUGCAGCAUGGGCCUUGGCAAAUUUUUCAGCAGGACAAUUCGUGAUGGGUGUUGAGGAUAAUAUUACCUCAAGUUCCUUUCCUGAUUUUGCAGUCAAUCCUAUGGUAACAAAUGCGAAUACAGCCAAUAGUCGCGGUAUAGUUAGGCCAAAAAAAUUUAGCAGCAGGAGUAUUGGGUUUGUCAGCAAUCCAACAAACUCAUCUUUAAGUGUUUCUAGGAGCAUGUAUCGUGGCAGAAGUGCACCAUUAACAUGUAAGGAGACAAGCUCAUUGGCUGCCGUUAUGGCUCAGAUGUUGUCACAUCGGGCAACUCAUGUAUGGGUUACUGAUGCCGAAAAUGAGGAUCAUUUAGUUGGAGUUGUUGGCUACGCUGAUAUCUUAGCUGCUGUUACCAAACCACUUACUCACACCAAUCUUGAAACCCAGACAUCUUGAGACUCCAUCAUCGUAUGUUGAUUGAUUAGGCAUAAAGUUGGUACCGGGGCAGCCCGUUUACAUCUGUGCUUUUCUGUACAUCUUUUCCUGUUUUGUCUAUGUUUUGAGGUUUAGAUUUGUUAAUGUGAGAACUAUAUGGUGUACACUCUAAAUGUGAAUAUGUGAUAUGGUGACUAGUUCAAUAAGUUGAAGGGUGGAAAUUGAAUGAUUUGUUCACCUUCUUGUCUUUUAUAAGGUUUUCAAGUUGUUCCACAGACCCCAUAUACUAUAGUAUACUCAUCAUUCAUCAA